CAUCUUUCUCCAUCCAUCCCAACCUUGAGAUUUGAAAAAAAGAUCAAUCGAUGUUGUAUGUUGCGCUUGGCCAUGUAUUUAAAUCAUCAGCUUGCCACCAGAUUUCGUCUUUUUUUUUGCUCACCCUUCCCUUACCUUCCCCUGCCCCUCUUGACUACACUCGUGACUCAAUACACCACCACCUUAAAUCUACUUCAACCUUUUACUUUUGGGUCUUAAGCUAUCUACAUAACCUCUACCUGUCAGAUUUAGAUAAUCUGCCUACUCGUACAUUGACCGCUAAAAACUGCCAAAAACCAUUUGAAUUCGACUCUCAGGUCCAUUUUCACACCCUAAUCAGAUAUCUUCACUAGCCCAUCAGCCUAUCGUCAAUCUACAAGCAUACACACUAAUACUUUGUGGUUCCGCUAAAAUCUAACCGAAUAAUCCGUCAAUCCCCAUCGCCUUGUUAAACUCUUGUGUUUCACCUCCUCACCUGUUCCCCCACUGGUCACCUUGUGCAUCAAGCUCACAUCGUAAUUCCCCCCAAAACAUUGCUCAUCUCAAACUAAUUCUCAUAUAUAAACACCCUACUCCUUGGUCGAGCCCAACGAAUCUCAUCGAUCUCUUUCUUCAUUUCUUUUUACCUUUGGUUUUGUUCUUCUAAUCUUUCAGUCUCUAAUAAUAUUUUUAUUUCUGUGUCUGUUGGUUUGAAGGUGGGAGUCAGUGGUCAAUUCGAAGUCCUUUCUAAUAACCUUUAUCUCGAAGUUUUUCUUUUUGGGCUUCCAUCGUCGAUUUCAUUUUUUGCGACUCGUCUCGUACUCUAUCAACUACCAAUCCAAUUCAAUGUCUCUCAGAUUCGGUCAACAGCUCACCUCACGAUGCCUGCGUCCUCUCGUCCUGCUCGUUGGUUUACGUCACGCGGUUCCAGUUCCAACUACUCUUCGACUUCGUCAUGAAUCCGAAUACGUGCACAACUCUUCAUCAACCGCUGCCAACGUCACAUUCACCUCUUGCCCUGAGAAGACGCUUGGGCAAGUCAAUUACAUGGAGAUCAGUCCGUGUGAACGCAGCUCGCCUUCUGAUCCUUGCACUUUCCGCCACGGCAUGAACUACACGGUGUCGCUUGGUUUUGUGUCGGAGCGCAACUCGUCAAAUCCCCGCAGCAGUGUUGUCGCGCGCGACGGAAACGACUCCUACGCCUAUUCAGGCCAGAGUUUCACAGCAUGUCGCUACACUCCCUGUCCUAUCAUUGAGGAGGAGCCAUCAACUUACACCUACCAGUUCCACACGCUUGCUUCUCCCUUCGACCAUCUUACAUUCAAUGUCACGGAUGAUUUCGAGGGACCAAGCUUAUUCUGCGCUGGUGCCGAUAUCAACUUUGAGCUAUGAGAAACGCACCCCGCAAGCAAAAAAAAGCUCUUCUGAACGCCUUAUACUUCAUUUUCACUCAUCACUCCAAGCUCACGAAAAAAUAAAUCAAAUGCUUCUCAAUCUGUUUGGUAUCGGCUCUAUUAACUUAACAAAAAAACAUCAUAUCUCCGGCAGCCUGGACAAUUCUUUUCAUGACCCUACUCAUGUUGUUAAUUAGUUUCAUUGUUUAACUCUGAUGUAUAACCUUCUUAUAAUGAAAAGCCUGAAUGCGUACGAUACUA